AUGGCCGCACUACGUGUUCUACUUUUGGGGCUGGGUGCACUCCUUUGCGACUGCUCCUUGCCGACUUACAUGACCGAUGUCCGCCGUGGACUUGCACUCGGCCUUCCGGCCUUUUCGCUCGUGGGUGGAACCCCGCUGCCGAUGCCGUGCGGGGUGAUGGUGGUGAUGACCUACGUGCCGCGAGUGGUGGCGCCCACGUCAGAAGUUAUGGGGAGUUGGCCUCCCAGGUGGUUUCUGGAUGCAGUUACUCUCGGCAGGGCGAUGAUCCAAGAUGGAGGCCGAGGACCUGAACUUGUGCUUGCCCUCGUUGCGGCCGUCUCUGGUCGGGGCUCGCCGGAGUACACGACCUUUGCCCUGCCUCUUAUCAGGGACAUUGCCCUUGAGCUUAAUGUGGUGGCCCCGACUGUGCUGAAUGGCUCGGUGAACCAGCUGCAGGGACUGUGCCACUUCGAGGGUUAUAUGUCGGCCUCGAGGUUGGAUGAUUGGCUUGAGUAUGUGGAGUACCACAUCCUCGUUGAGCACCUCCAGGCCCGCUACCCCUUGAUCACCAUGGAGUGGAACCGCCAAGUUCGCCUGGGAAGUGGACCGACGGAACCGGUCCCUUCGCGGCCGACCGACCGCGGGGAGGUGGCCGAGUUUAACAGGCUGGUGGGGCAGGGUACUCGUCGUCCUCGCCGCAGGGUCAGGGAGCACCCGCCGCCUAACAGCUGGGCUGCAGUGGUUGUGGAUGCCAUCCGGCUUUACCACGACCAAGGCUAUAUGGUGGGUGGUCUUGUGCAGGCAAUCGCCGCAUAUGUGGACACUCGCCGGUACGGGACUCACACGACCUUCGCUCAUCGUCAACUUCAUAUGAUACAGUCUCUGACGAGUGGCCUGCACAACCUCACUACCUCGGGUGGACUGGGCCAGGCUGCAGUGGCGGUGUCGUGCCUUCUUGGACGAGGGGGCAUACCGUGCCUGGUACUCGGGUCCGCGCUUGUUGCAGCCCAGCCACCUGACGAUGUCCCUCCGGAUGACCCUCGUGAGCCCACCGGCCUUGGGCAAGACGUGGUACUACCUCACUGGCUGGUCGCUGUCCUCGCCACGACGGAGAACAUGGUACAACGAGGGGUUGAUGGAUCGGGCAUUCAGGGCUUCCUCUUUGCCCUUGCUGCUACGCGAGAGACACCCGCCUACGUGCGCUUUGUGGAACAGUACCUCCGCGUCCUCCGCUUGCUUGUGCCCCUGCCGGACAUGGGGUCUCCGCCGACUUCUCCGGAUUCGGGCCUGGUGGAGAUGGCGUUGUUCGCGGACAACCACAUGCUGGGGGAGUUCCUGGUGGAGAACUAUGCCGCCGAGCUUGAGCUCCACCACCAACAGGUACUUGCAGGACGCCUUGGUACGGAUGAGGACUUAGGCCCGACGCUGGGUGAGACACCGACCCAGAGAGAGCGCCGCGAGCAGUACAACCUUGUUCGCAGAGACUCUGCGAUGCUCAGGCGCUUGCGCCAGGCGGAGCACCCACUGCCGGACCCUCGGGGCCAUCGACUUUCCUGGGUUGGGGAGGCCUUGCAGAUGAUUGUGGACGAACAGGCGCAGGGGUUUGACAUGGCGCCGUGCCUCCCUCUACUCCGAGCAUGCGUGGCCAACAGGCGCUUCGCGGAGUACGAACAAGGAGCGGCGGGUUACCUUGGGGAGCUCGAGCAUGAGGCGACUGAGUUGUGGCAUGCGCCGCAGUACCGCUGCCCGGAGAACUUGGCAACCUGGGUGGCCAGCAUGGAAGAAAGGCUGUGGCAUGCCUUUGUACUGCACGGCCUGGACCUACGCGGCUGCCGACAUGUGCCCAGCUCGUCGAGUUCCUCCUCCUCGUCUGCCGUUCAGGAUGAGGAUAUGGAUGAUAUCAACUCCCUGGUUCAGACGGCUAAGAAGUGGCUGAAGGGAAGGGAUUCAAGGCGUCGGCGACAAGCACCACGACGAGGACACCGGGAUGAUCGGGGAUCGGUGACGCCAUCGAGACCGCGCAGGACCAACGAUAGCACCCCACCUGCUUCCUCUACGGCGCCAAGGUGCACCACCGAAGUUGUGCACUUGAGCAAUGUGGCGGAGCGGGCGGAAGACCGCCGAGCGAUCGCCAAGCCCUACCCGAUGCCCAAGCACAAGCCAGCGCCGUCGGCUCUCCCCUCUUCCGUGACUGGUGCGGUGUCUUCGGGGGAGGGAAGGCGUCUACCUAGCCUGUCCAUGGAUCAGGCCAUCGACACUUGGUUGGCGGUUCUGGGACUACGACCGAGAGACGCACCCCAAGAUGGCCUACUGCUCCCGAGAGCCACCAUGGAUAACAUCGGCAGCACCUUCCUGGAGCAACCCCAGGCCGAUAGGACGACACUCCUGCUGGCCAUGGGGCGUCUUACUACCAUGCUUCUUGGUGCCAUGGGGGACGCGGUGGCUGUGGCGCAGGCGGCUAGUGACAGCAGAGCACGUCGAGAGCGCCAGCGACGCGGAGAGGGCGAGCUGGUUGAGGUGGAAGUGGAUGAGGACGAUGAUGACACGAUCUACAUGCAGAUGCCUGCGGUCGCCGACGGGGGCUCCACACUAGCUGGCUCUGACGUGCGCCGCGAGGGUGAUGAGGGCUCGCUGAUGCAGGGCAGCAUCGACCAAGCCCGAUGGGGAGGCUUGCUGGACGAGCUCAUCAGGGCCCUGGAAGCGGCCCCCAAACAAGCAGGCCAAAGGGUUGCGGAAUGGCUGGUGGACUGGGUGGACCAUCGUUGUGCCAAUGCUGCCGGAGGCUACCUCUUGGGGCAUAUGGGUGGAUUGGUGGCUGAAGUCACUGCUGCUCUGGCGACGUUUGUUGGCCCGCAGGAUGACCAAGACUGGGGGCUGGCGAGUGACGAAGAGGUCCGUCUGGGCAUGCAGUGGGCCAUGCGACUGCAACCGUACUUGGCUCAGCACCCGGGCAGCAGACAAGCCAGGGGACUUCGCCCGGAACAGCGACCAGUGAUGCUGUUCAUGAGGGUCCCGGACUCCCCGGAGGAGUCUGACGCCGAGCCCUCAGUGGUGAGUGCUCAUGAAGGACAACGAGGAGCUGGCCAUGAUGUCACACGUGCGGUGGAGCAAGAUUUGCAUGGGGAUCUACCGGCGCAGGAGCUGGACUCCGUGAUUGCCGCGCAGAGGGACUCUGGCUACCUGGCACCACUACAUGAUCCUCGCCCGGAUGCCGAAGAAGAUCGCCAGGAGGCGGAGACGAACUACCUCGCGGGCCUCCGCACCCCGACCACACCGCCGCGCAAGCAGCGGGUGCUGACAAUGGAGGUCUCGACGGGAAGCUCGGAUCGGCCUCGGCUCCUUCGUUUUCCGGUGGACCCGGUUGGGGUGGCGGAGGUCCGGAUCCGCAUGGAGCUGCUCGAGGAGGAGGACCAGGACGGCAUCGAGACCCAGCUGUUGCCAGGAGCGGGGCAUGUGCAACCUGCUACUGGGCCCACGCCUGUGGAUCUCGACCUCCAACGAGCUUUGUACCUCUCGGCUGGCGGACAGACGGGGGUUGUGGAUACUCAGUUGGACGAGGGUGGCCACUUGGCGGAGCGUGGGGAUGUGUCCUAUGUGGAGCCGACGGACGAUGGUGACGAAUGUGCGGCGGAUCGAGGGCAGACGGAGUGA